AUGUCAUUCGCUACUUCCAUGCCUCCGCCGCCCAAUGCCCCGUUCGCGCAUCCUCCGUCCGCCCAGUUCCCUCCAGUUAGUUCCACUCCGCCUCCCUUGACUCUACGUGAUUUCCUUCAACUUUUGGGGGAAAGCGUGGCCGUCCUCGAAGGGGUUCGCCUUCUGCUGCUGCAGUUGGUUCAGUGGGGAGGCGAAGUUAGCAGUGUUCUCCGCUCGUCCACUUUUCUUCACAGCAUUUUGGCGCUGUUUCUCCGUUUCGUCCGCUUUCUGUUCUCGCCGCUAUCUCACAUGGUUUUACAGCGCGGCCCUGCUCGGUGCAAUGCAGAGCCACAGGAGCAUAGAAAUGAGGACUACAGCCUUCAUCUUCAUAGAAGUCAAAAGCGUAGGGAGAGAGCGAGAACAGGGGGCGAGGCCUUAUCCGGGCAUGAGAAAUCGUCACCCAUGCUUACGGAUGCACUUCAAAAUGCCUGGACGUCUGCCGCAGAAGCGCAUACAUCGGCCGCCAAUCACGCGGGUCAGCAGGCCGACCUUGUGCGGUGGUUCGAGGAUGAAGACCGCCGUCAGCUUGUGUCAAAAGCUCACGGCAAGCUGACGCAAGAUUCUGAAGGAACGCGCCGGGGCAAGUCGACAUGGAAAGGAAUUCUUUCAAACUUUCUCGGCUUGGAUCGGGCGGGCGGUGGCGCAGCUGUCCGACCCGGCAUGCGCAGACAGUUCUUGUACGUGGCGGUCGCCUUUGCCUUGGCUUACCGCAUUUAUUCCCUCUGGAAGACGUACAGAAGUCUUCUCUCUGAGUACAAAGAGAGGGUGCGGCAUGUCAUGCGGCGACGCGCAGCGGCGGAGGAGCGCGCUCGGCGGCAGGAGGCACUGGAGGAGCAAGCCAGGGAACAAGCGGAAGCGACGGAGAGGCAGAGUCGCCAGGAGCUUCUGUACUCUCUAUUUCAGUCGUUAAGGACAACACGUAACUCUCUGCUGAUGUCCUCUGCGGCGUCAUCUCCUUCAUCUUCAGGUUCCGCCGUUCGCGCGUCCGCGUCGGGUGCGCCGUCUUCCUCUUCCUCUCUGUCGACGACGCCGGGGAGCCCCCGCGCGGCGGAGUUCCACGGGGACGGUCCGGCACAGACAACUCCGCCAGACAAAAUUGAACAUGCCAGUUCGCUGUUCGCGGAUGCGCCUUACAGAUUUGUGGUUGCGUCGGCGGCUUCGGCGAUGCGGAAAGGGUCGUUUGACGCCUGUGCUCUGGGGAACGGCGUCAGGGCCAGUUCGCGUGCCCUCGGAGGAAUCACUGAAAUCGUGAACGCAGGAGAGGACGAACGUCGAAAGGGAGUGAAAGAGACCGAAGACGACGAAGACGAGAGCGAGGAUGUUGACGUUGAAUCGCGCUUCCACGUCGUUGCGUGCGACGAACUGGAGUCUCGAGAGCUGAAGCGCAGGCAGCGCUUCAGCACUCAUGAUCCCACGCAGAGAGGGGCGGAGCGAGAGGCAGAGGAGACCCAUGAGAGAAAGGAGGACUCUGCAAAGUCAUAUAUUCGACGUGACAACACAGCGGCGGCCUCGGAUUCGUUAGGACAUUCCGUUGGGAGUCUCUCUUCCAACGCGCCGCGAAUGCGGCCGGGCGAGCGUGCGUUUGAAAGUCGCGCCUCGACAUCCGCUUCGCUGGCGAGUCAAGGCCUCUCGGGCGCCAGCGUGGGCGGCAUACUCGCCCCUCCACCAGCCCUUUCUUCAGUUAGCGGGGCAGAUAUUUCCUUCACAAAAUCUCAGUCCUCCGCGUCUCCUUUCGCGUCGUCUUCGCCGUCUUUGUCCUCGUGUUUGCCGUCUUCGCCUUCCUCUUCAUCUCAGCCGCACUCCGCGUCUUCGUCAUCGGCUUCCCCGCGCCGCGCGUCGGUCUCUGCAGCACACCAGACAGUGGCUGCCGGAGCUGCUCCAUCCUCGACGUGCGGCGAGCUGAAGGCUGCGAGUGAAUCGCCCGUCGUAUGCGCACUCCGGUUCGGGGCUAACGAGAGACGCCAAACGCCAGCGUUCGACGUGAAUCCGUUUCUGGCUCUGCUCAACGGAGACGAGACAGGGACUUUUCUCUCUAGCCGAAAACCACAGUGUGAUGUCCUCGCGGAAGCGCUUGCGGGGGAAACGCGUGCGUCGCAGGCCGCUCCAGGGAGAGCGGACGACUCCUGGAACAAACGAGACUGUGACGGCGACGAAGAUCGCGGAGUGCCCUCUGCGCGAACGACGACGGGCGAGACUCAGGAGGCGCCCGCUUCCUCAGUGACGCCCCAUCCAUUCCGUCCUCUUGCUUCCUCGGCCCCUCGCUCGGAACUUCCUUCAUCGACCGGCGGUACGUUUGCUCUCGCGUCGCCCAUCUCGCCUGCGGGUUCACAUUCGCCGGCUUCCCCGCCAGCUUUGCAUCAGUGCCCUUCGUCGCCGUCGUCGCCUUCGCCUUUGGCGCUUCCUCGGGCACCAUUGCCUUCUUCGUUUCCACUGUCCGCGUUCCUUCCGCCUCACUCAUCCUCGGCGCCGCUGGCCUCGCUGCCGACGCAUACGCCAGCGACGCCGGGAGUCGACGCUAGCGGCGGCGUCCGUGGCGAGCGCGUCUCUGCCGCGCUAGCUUCCCACAGCCCUCGCGAAAGCGAAGAGGCGACUGCUUCCUCGAGUCCACCAGGGGGCGAGAAUCGACGUACAAGUGGCGGGAACCCUGAAAGAGACCUGCAUGAGCCUGUGCUGUCUGCCCCGGAGGCGGGCAGACGCGCCCGCGAGAGAGCAGAGGCUGCAGCAGAAAAGCGGCCGGAAGGCGCGGUGGACUGUGGCGAGGCGCGCAGCUCCUCGGUUCAAGCCGCUCGCGAGCAGGGAGGGUCGGGGGCGUUUUGCGGACAGAAUAUCGCGCGUGAACUUUCUGGCUUCCAGGAGACAGCGAAAGCCACAUGGCGCUCUCAGCAGCAGGAUCUAAGCAGUCUGCUGAGCAUCCAGGCGCCGUCGAGUCGCGGCCGAGAACCGCACAAGCCUUUGACUCGCGGAUAUGACGGCAGGGCAAAUACGCGAUCCGAGGCCCUGCGAGUGAGUGUGUACUCCGAGAAAGAUCUCAAAGACGCGCAAGUUACGGGAAAACGUAACGCCGUGACCGGACGCCGAAAGCAGCCGCGAGGCGGCAGGAAGGCGCGGGUGUCAUGUGAAGUAUAG